AUGUCGCUCAUCAACUCAGCCAAAUUGUUUUUCGAUUACAUCUAUGUGGUCCUGAUAACGCCAUGGUUACUCUCACAUUUCCUUUUCGACAUUACCCUCUGCCUCAUUCCAUAUCUUCGACCCUCACGAAAAUGGUCCCUCAAUCAAGCCGUCCGCGUACGCCUUAUUCGUCUCGUACUUCUCUACUGGUCGCUCACCAAGUACGGAGACCGAUUGAAACUUGAUCCUAAACGGGAGAAGAACAGAUUCGAAGUAGUCUCUCCACGAUCGCCCAAGCUCUACAGAGGAAUUCUUUCAGAUUAUAUUGUGCGACCCGCACAGCUUGGAAUGACUUGGACGCCAGCACGACCACCACCAGCGGGACUUGUCAAUUCUAAUAUGGUCGUGGCGUUGCACUUCCAUGGUGGAGGUUAUGUUAUUGGGAAUGGUCGUGAUGAAGAUACUGGGUUCCUCGCAAAAACUCUUGUGAAAUACAUGGGCUGUACUCAUGUCUGCACACCACAGUACCGUCUCUCGAGUAGCAACAACGGUCACUUUCCUGCGCCUCUUCAGGAUGCCCUCACUGCUUAUCUAGAUCUGAUCAAGAACAAGGGCAUUCCUGCAAGUCAAAUUGUUUUGUCAGGGGAUUCAGCUGGAGCCAACCUGGCACUUGCUUUGGUACGAUACAUCCACGAAUACGGAAAAGUCGACGACGUUCCAUUCCCCAGAGCCAUGGCUCUUUGGUCACCUUGGGUAGACAUUGCAGGUGCUUUAGAGCAGGACGUCAAACAGUCACCCAACUACAAGACAGACUAUCUAAACAUGUACUUUGCGCGCUGGGGUGCAGCUACCAUCUCAGGUUGUGGAGCAAUCGACCCCGCAGGCCCAUACCUUUCACCACUACGUAACCCGUUCAGCCUCGAAGAGUCCCUACCGGUAUACGUCAACGCAGGAGGAGGCGAAGUUCUAUGCGAUGAUAUCAAGAACUUCUGCCAACGCUACGAGAAGCAUGGUUGGCAUAUCCACUUGGACGUGUCUGAAGAGUGUCCUCAUGACAUUCUACUGUUGGGAAACACAAUGGGGUUCGGUGCCGAGGCAAAGAAGGCAGCUGAGAAUGCUAGAAGAUUCUUGAAUGCGAGUGCGGGGUUGAAGCUGCAGAUCUACGCCCCGAGGGAGGUCUGA